AACUUUACUGCACUUUGCUAAUUUCCUUCUUUUGUUGUUUCAAAAUGUGGUGUAAAGAUAAGGGUCAGAUAGCCGUAGUGUUGCUGCUCUUUUUCCUCUGCGAUGCUUUUGCUCAGCCCCGUUUUAAAGGACAGAAGGUUAUCGCAAAGCACCAGCAGCCCGCGGUCCUGCAAUAUUUUGAGCCGAGAGCUGGCGCUCCGCAGACCGUAACCGCUCAGUGCACCGACAGUGAGGUGAUCGUCACCAUCAGUCCGGACUUGCUGGGCAUCCAAAAGCCGGUCCAGCCUUCUGAUCUUUCCAUGGGUGGAUGUGGAGUCACCAGCCCGGCCGGUGUUCAACCCUUUGUGAUUGAAGCCCCUCUGCAGGGCUGUGGGAGCACCGUGGAGAUGCUGGGAGCUGUAAUAGUGUACACCUUCACCCUGGACUACAAUCCUUCUCCAAUUGAUGGUCUUCCCAUUGUAAGAACAAAUCCAGCUGUGGUGCAGAUUGAAUGCCAAUACAACAGGCUACACAACGUAAGCAGCAAUGCCUUAAACCCCACUUGGGUUCCCUACACCUCCACGAUAUCUGCUGAGGACAUUCUGGGCUUCUCGCUUGUUAUAAUGAGCAGUGACUGGAGUGGGCCGAGUCCAUCCAACACCUUCUUCCUAGGAGACCUCAUUAACCUUCAAGCAUCUGUGGACAGCACUAACCAUGUGCCUCUCCGUGUCUUUGUGGACAGCUGUGUGGCCACUCCUGGGUCCAAUGCAUCGGCCCCAGCCUACACCUUCAUUGGAAAUAACGGGUGUUUCUUGGAUAGCAAACUGACAGGCUCAAAUUCCCAGUUCAUCUCCCCCAGAGUUGCCCAGUCUGUAAUGCAGUUCCAGCUGGAUGCCUUCAGGUUUUAUGGCCUGACUACUAGUUCAAUCUUCAUUACCUGCCAUCUGAAGGUGACCUUGGCGUCUGCUAAUGUUGAUGCUUUGAAUAAGGAUUGUUCAUACAACUCUGCACUGAGCCAGUAAGUGACUGGGAGGAUGAGGG